AUGUCGUCCGAUACCAGCCACAACGUCGACCACAGUCGCGACUCGGUCAGCUCGAAUAAUGAAACGCCCGGCCUGGGUGUAGACGGGAACCAGGACAAACCGCGUUUGACAGAACAGGAAAAGAAGAACAACCACAUAGCCUCAGAGCAGAAGCGUCGUGCCGCGAUACGAGAAGGAUUCGACAGGCUGACUGAGUUGGUGCCUGGGUUGGAAGGACAAGGUCGCAGCGAGAGUGUAGUGCUGAAGAAGACGGUUGAUUUUCUCCGUUUGAAAUUGCAAGAGAGGCGUGAGCUUAUCGCGGAGAUUGAGAGGACUGGUGGUCACGUCGAGGAGUCAUAUCGCACGCGUUGA